CUUUUCGUCCUCGGCCGCUGGCGCCUGCCUUCGUCUCUGCCUCUUCCGUUUCCUUCGCUCCCAUUCCUAGACUCGUCUGCUACUAGAGGCCUCGCUCGUCCCCACUCCCUGUUCCCGGCAAAGAAAAUGGCCCUCCCCAAUGCGAUCGCUGCUCUGGCAGCCGUUGUGGUGGCCGUCGAUGCUGCUCCCAACCCUGUCCUUGGAAAGCGCUACUGGGCCACGAACGACUACGGCACCCUCACUCCGUCCCCGACUGGCACCCCAGCUCCUGUUGGCACUGAUACACCCGUCACCCCGACCCCUGUCCCCGGUCCUGGCAACACCACCCCAACAGGAAAUGUUCCCUCUGGCGGUGUUCCGACUGGCGGUGUUCCCUCCGGCGGCUCUCCUUCCGGUGGCUCUCCUUCUGGCACUGCUGCCUCUGGCGGUGUGGUCCCCACUGGCGGAGCCGUCCCCUCUGGCGGAUUCACUUCGGUCGUCUCUGGCAGCGUCGUGACCCUUGUCCCCGUCACCGGCAUUCCCACUGUCAUCUCCGGAACCCCCACGACCCUGCUUCCCUCUGGUGCCUUUACCACCGUCAUUUCCGGCAGCGUCGUUACCGUCGCCCCCACAGGCUCGCCUUCGCCCAUCUCUGGCGCUUCCAUCUCCGGUGCCUCUGUUUCUGGCUCUUCCGCCUCUGGCACUGCCACUCCUAUCAUCAUCGCUCCUGACAUCAUCGGCUCGAACAACGCUGCCUCCACCUGGGGUGCUGCCGGCGGCACGAUCCUCUUCCUCGCGCUCGUCGCCUUGAUUGCCCUCGCUGUGCGCCGCUACAACUCCAGGCCCAAGCCAAACGAAGCCAUCGCCGAGAACCGAAAUGUGGGUCUCUCCCCCGACACCGUGGUGCCUGCUCCUGUCCAUGUCCCCAUCUCCUCCAUCGAAGAAGAGCUCCCCGCUGUCCCGACCAACAGCCAUCGUCUCUCGAUUCCGUUCGCGCCCACCACUGGCGUCAUCCCUGCGGACUCGACCUAUCCCGGCCCCCACAGCGGCUACCAGUACAGCUCGAAUGAGACCCCUGCCUACGGCGGCCCCACCAGCUACAGCUCUGUUCCCCCUGCCGCCCCUGUCGGCUAUGGUGCAGGCGCUCCUUCCGGCGUGUCCACUACCGAAGCUGCCCUUGCGGCUGCUGCUGGAGCUGGUGUUGCCUCGGCCGUGAUCAACCGUCGUCGCUCUUCCAAGUCCAUCCGCGCACCCCAGCAACUCGACGUCCCCGACGAAUCGUAUCCCCUCGCCCCGCAGAACAAUGAACAGCCAUUCCUCCCCACCACCGGUAUCAUUGGCGGCGAAGAGGCGCCUGUGGCCCCCACCACGAGCCACAGCCACGUUGCUGAAGUCCUGGUCGGCGGCGCCGUCGCUGCAGCCGCCAUUGGCACUGCCAUUGCUGUUCACAAGGAGAAGGAGCAGCAAGAGCAGGAGAACGUCGGCCAUUCGACCACCAUCACCAAGGUCACCCGAAAGACCACCACCGGCACCGACGAGACCGUUGUCCCCGGCGGCCCCAGCGCUCCCGAGGGUGUCAUUCCCGUUGUUAUUGCCGAGGAGGGCGAAGAGGACGAAGACGAGAUCACCGAGCAGGAGACUACCACCACCACCACCACCAAAACCGAGGUCCGUCGCGUCCUUGUCAAGACCGAUGCCGCCGGAAACCAGGUCGUCGUCGGCCCCGAGCACGCCCAGGUUGUCGAAAGCACCCCCGGAUCGACCUCGACUUCGACCGUGAUCACCCGCCGCAAGCGCGUGCUCGCUGAUGGCACCAUUGAAGAGUACGACGCUCCUGCUGGACCCGAGACGGAGCAGAUUGCCGAGGAAGUCGCCCUGGGUGUCGUUGGCGGUGAGUCCACCUCGACUUCGACUGUCAUCACCCGCCGCAAGCGUGUGCUCGCCGAUGGCACCAUUGAAGAAUCGGAGGAUAUCGGCGGCCCUCAGUCCGAGCUGCCCGUCGACAGCACCACCUUGAACGUUGUUGGCGGUGAAUCCACUUCCACUUCAACUGUGAUCACUCGCCGCAAGCGCGUGCUUGCCGAUGGCACCAUUGAAGAGUACGAUGCUCCUGAUGGCCCCGAGACGGAGCAGAUUACUGAGGAAGUCGCCCUGGGUGUCGUUGGCGGUGAAUCUACCUCGACUUCGACCGUUAUCACCCGCCGCAAGCGUGUGCUCGCCGAUGGCACCAUUGAAGAAUACGACGCUCCUGCUGAUAGCACCACCGAGCAAGAAACCACCACCACCACUACCACCACCACCACCGCUGGCAAGGGCCGCCGCAUCGUCCGACAGGCCGAUGGCACCGUCAUUGAAGAAGCCGAUAUCUCCGAGGCCGAUGUCUCGGUGGUCAACCAGGACCAGCAGACCAGUAGCUCGUUUGUGAGCGGUGUUCAAAGCACCCUCGCCAGCCUGGCUAGCAGCGCUAUCGCCGUCGCCGGAUACUCGACCGACAAGUCCAAGCGUCCCAGCUUCGAAGGCCGAGUCUCGGAGGAGCGACACCGCCGCAUGCGCGACACCAGCUUCGAGUUCCACCCUGUCGAAGAUCAGGCCCCCGACCUGACCGAGUUUGUUCCUCCCGCGCCCACCUCGCACGUUGCCUCGGUGACCUUCCGCCGCCGUCAGUCCGACGAGCUCAACAUCGACAUUGGUGAUCUUGUUGGUAUCGAGCGAGAGUACAGUGACGGAUGGGCCCGUGCCCAGAACAUCACCCAGGGUCGCAAGCGUGGCCUGGUCCCGAUCAAGUUCCUCACCCCGAUCAAGUCCGGACCGAGCCAGAAGGUUGCCAAGGUCGGCGGCGGCACCUGGAUCGCCAAGGGUGCCCAGGAGACCAGCCAGAGCUCGAUCCAAGUCCUCUCGGCCACCGGAGUCCCCGAUCGUGACCGUUCGCUCCCUGGCCGUACUUCCAGCGUCGGAAGCCUCAAGAGUCUCAAGGAGCGCGAGGAGGAGCGCAAGAAACAGCAGCAGGCUGUGAGCGAGAACAUCGAGGGUGCUGUCGAGGAGCUCGCCGAACAGGUCGAGGUGCGCGAUAUCACCGAGGUGGAGUACGAAGCGGCCCCCUCGGGAUCGAUUGUCGUGACCGAGAGCGUCCAGGCUGUCCCCGCCGCCGCCGCUGCCGAGGCAUCGACCACCACCUCGACUUCGACCACCCGCACCCGCCGCGUCGUCAAGACGAGCUCGGAUGAGGGUCAGGGAUCCUCCACCACUACCACCACGACUUCUGCCGCGCCCGUUUCUGCUGCUGCCGCCGCCGAAGCAUCGACCACCUCCUCGACUUCGACCACCCGCACUCGCCGCGUCGUCAAGGCCAACUCCAACGAGGACCAGGGCGCCUCUGUAGCGAUCACGACUACUUCGUCCUCUGUCCCUGCUGCCGCUGAGGGCUCGAGCACCACCUCCACCUCGACCACCCGCACCCGCCGCACCGUCGUGCCCUCCGCUCUCGGUGAAGGCUCUGCCUCCACCUCCACCACGGUUGUGAAGCAGACUGGCGAAGGCGAGGUCGUCACCACCCUGGUCAGUGGCGACGUCGCCCAGGCUGCUGGCGACGCUUCCGGCCAGGCUAGCGAGACCGUCGUCCGAACAACCCGCAAGGUUGUCCGCAACGCCGAUGGCACCGAGGUCGUUUCGCAGCCCGCCGAGACGGUCACGACCACCACCACGACCACCUCCACGUCCGUCGCCGGCGGCGAAGGCAGCGAGGGACUCUUGUCCGCUGCCUACCGCAUCGUCAAGACCUCGGUCGUCGACCCUGCCACCGGCGCCGUCAAGGUUGUUUCCGAAACCGUUGUCGAUGGAGCCGAGACCGUGACCGAGAAGCUCCAGUCGACCUUCUCGAAGGAGCAGUAAACGUCUCCGCCGGCUCUCACCGCCCUCUGGCCGCGGCAUCGGGCUUUCCUCUCCAGUUGUCCGGCUGGACGAUUCUGCAAGCA